AUGGGACAAAAAAUACAUCCGCUUGGUUUCAGACUUGGUACAACUCAAAAUCAUGAUUCUAUUUGGUUUGCACAACCAAGAAAUUAUUCCGAGAAUCUAAAAGAAGAUAAAAUAAUACGAGAUUGUAUCAAGAAUUAUAUACAAAAAACCCCCGGUGUCGAGGGAAUUGGACGAAUAAAGAUUAAAAAAACAAUCGAUCAGAUUCAAGUCAUAAUCUAUAUGGUACUUCCAACGUUAUUAACGGAGGGUAAGCCUCGAAGAAUCGAAGAAUUACAGACUAAUGUACAAAAAAAACUUAAUUGUGUGACGCGAAAAAUUAACAUUACAAGUACAAGAAUUCCAAAUGCUUAUAGCGACCCUAAUAUUCUUGCAGAAUUUAUAGCUGGACAAUUAAAGAAUAGAAUUUCGUUUAGGAAAGCAAUCAAAAAAGCUAUUGAAUUAGCUGAACAGGCAGGUACAAAAGGAGUUCAAGUACAAAUUGCGGGACGUAUCGACGGAAAAGAAAUUGCACGUGUCGAAUGGAUUAGAGAAGGUAGGGUUCCUCUACAAACCAUUCGAGCUAAAAUUGAUUAUUGUUCCUAUCCAGUUCGAACUAUUUAUGGGGUAUUAGGAAUCAAAGUUUGGAUAUUUCUAAACAACGACUAA